ACGGUUUUCACGUCAGAACGCAUGUGUUGACGAAUAUAUAAAUAAUUUGUGCCAUCGCCAAAAUGCGUUCAUUUGUCGACAAGUCUUUGUUCUUUAAACAUCGUCUGUGCCACCAUCAAAUUAUAUUAUUUUCCUUUAAAUUGCACACACUGGCUGUAAUCGGUAGUGCGUUUCGUCGGUUUCAUUAAAAAAAGAGAAUAAUUUCAAUUUAUUUAUUUAAAAAAUAAAAUAAACGAAAAAAAUUGUCCGAACACAAGAAAAAUGCUAUCGCUUUGGAUUUCAUUGAUCGUGUCGAUUAUUGUGAGCAAUGCAGCUGUUGUUGUCCGGAGACGACCAAUUUCAAUUCAUGAGCGUGUUCCAUUUACAACACAAGCCACAACAACAACGACACCAGAACCAUUUGAAUUGGAAGAAGAAACAACAGUGAUUAAUCGUUUGUCUCGUUUGACACUUCCAAGCAAUGCAACAUCAAUUCGAAGUGAGAUCACCGAUAAUUUUUCGUGUGCUGGUCGUCAAUAUGGUUAUUAUGCAGACGUUGAAAAUGAUUGUCAAAUUUUCCAUGUAUGCCUACCUGUUACCUAUCCGGAUGGCCAAGAGCGACAGUUUCGAUGGAGUUUCAUUUGCCCAGAAGAAACAACUUUCAAUCAAGAAGCAUUCACUUGUGUUCGCACAGAUGAAAUGAACAUUGAUUGUACCGAAUCUGAAAAGUUUUAUGAAUUAAAUCGUAUUUUGGGCUUAAAAGAAGAGACGACAACUGAUGAAGUGACAAGCAAUGAAUUGUCACAAACCGAUAGUAAUAAAUCCAAUUCAGACGAUCGAUUUAUCAGCGCAUUUCAAAAUAAAGAGAACAAUCAACGAUACAAACCGUUGAUCAAUAAUCCAAAUCGAUAUGCUCAAACCCAAACAGCUGCCUCUCGUAAUCAAAUUGUUAAGAAAACUACCACCAAUCCGUACAUUAAUUCGGCGGUACAAACGACAAAUUUAAAUAUUGACCGAGAAUCGGUCACCGCUAAUCAAUUGAUUCCAUCAACAACAUUUCCGCCGGUGAAUAUUGCACAAUUUUUUGAACUUACCACAAGAAGAAAUGGUUUUAAUCCACAAACUAUCACAACCUAUGAUAAUGCUGAAUACACAACAGAAUUUGCAUCGACGGUAUCGCCAAAUGACUUAACUACUGCAAACACCAAUAAAUAUGACAGUAAUACACAGAUCAUACCGGAUCUUAUUGAAGAGAGUAGCAAUACCGAUCAUUCGCAUACUGAUGAAAUUGUUGAAAGUAUAAAACAACUGCAAAAACUGUAUCCAUCUGCUGCAGAUGAUUCACGUGAAAAGCGAUUUCUGUUCAAGGCUGAUAGUGUUAAAAAUCGACAAAAACUAUUCGAAAUGUUGAAUCAGCAUUGAGGGGCCGAUAUUGAAUAUGAAAGAAUUUUUAAAUCAUAUAAGACUUACGUCAUGGUAGAUUUACGAAUCGAACGAUUUCAAUUCUUGUUCACUUUUUCAAAUCAAGCACGAAGCAUUCUAAGUAAAAUGUCUUAAAUUUUUUUAUGCAAUUGAAAUUAUGAACGGUAUCCCACCAGAUGCUGUGGCUAAGUUUUAUAAUGUAAAUGUUUCAAAGAAUUAAAAUUAAAUAUUACACAA